AUGGAAAAAGUAGUAUCAAAGAAAGCAAUUCAGAAUCUAGCAUUUAAAGAAUAUUAGACUAUAUAUUCUUAAGUUUUACCAAUAUUCAAGAAAUAUUAAUAAGAAAUAGAUAAUAGUGAUGAUGAUUCCUAUAAUAAUAAAGAGUAAGAAGAAGACAAAAGAUUAAUAUUUGAUCAUAUCAAUUAAUUAAUAGAUUGCUUAAAAUCUGGUAUAGAAUUAAGUUUAGGUUAAUCAUUCUAUAUAAUAUAAAAUUAUCAUCCUUUUGGUAAAGAUCAAGUAAUUCAUAUUGAUCAUAAAUAUGAAUAAAUUUUAAUUCUUAUUUAUUAGGAUAAUAAUUAAUAAUGCAAUAGAUAUUUACUUAAAUUCUUAAGAUUAUAUUAGAAAACUUAGAAAUUUAAAAACAAAGUUAGAUUUUUUGUUUUGAGCAAACAUAAAUUGAACAAUUAUGAACUCUUUUUCUUAAAAAAUCAAGGCAUAGAACAAAUUAUAGAAUUUUAUUUCCCAAAAAAAAAUUCAUCAAACUAUGAAUCUAUUAUUUCCUAGAAAAGCAUAAAAAUUAUGUCAAAAUAAAUUGAAUGA